UACUUCAGACUUUUCUUCCUAGAGUGACUUCGCUAGUGCUUUUGUUAGCGUUAGCUCCAAAAUCCGGUAGAUUCUGCUUCCACUGCAGGAGUGAUUCAUGGCCAAAGCUCUGAAGCUUCCGGUCGUCGACCUUGCUUCCACCGAUCGCCUCGCCACGGCUGAUUCUAUUCGUGAGGCAUGUGUGGACUGUGGCUUCUUUUACCUGGUUAAUCAUGGUGUUAAUGAGCAGUUGUGGCAGAAAGUGCUUGAAGGGAAUAAAUUAUUUUUUUCUCUUCCGAUAGAAGUGAAAAUGAAACUGGCUCGAAAAGAACAUAGAGGCUACACCCCACUUUAUGCAGAAAACCUUGAUCCAUCUUCCAGUUCAAAAGGAGACUCUAAGGAGAGCUUCUAUAUUGGACCUCUUGAUGAAGUAACUGGACCUGUAUGCUUGAAUCAGUGGCCAUCAGAAGAGAUUAUUCCAGGCUGGAGAUCCACCAUGGAAGAUUAUUACAAACAAGUCUUGCUUGCUGGUGAAAGACUCAUCCAGUUAAUUGCUUUGUCACUGAACUUGAGCGAAAACUUCUUCCAUGAUGUUGGUGCAUUUAAUCCACCCAAUGGUUUUCUUCGCUUGCUGCAUUAUCCAGGUGAACUGGGCUCAUCUAAUGAAGAAAUAUAUGGGGCUUCUGCCCAUUCAGAUUAUGGGAUGAUAACACUGCUAGCAACAGAUGGAAUUGGUGGACUUCAGAUAUGCAGAGACAAAUUCAACAGGCCACAGAUUUGGGAAGAUGUGCAACACAUCCCUGGGGCCUUUAUUGUCAACAUCGGUGACAUGAUGGAGAGGUGGACAAAUUGUUUAUUUAGGUCAACAUUGCACCGAGUAAUGCCUACGGGUCAAGAACGACAUUCGUUUGCCAAGCAUGAUUAUUCCUUUGGAACAGAUGGCUUUCUUUUUGGAUCCAAAUCCGGAUUGUGUAGUAGAAUGCUUAAAAAGUUGCUGCAACGAGUCAAAUCCUCCGAGGUACCCCCCAAUCCGCAGUGGCGAUUACUUGCAGGAGCGCUUGAAGGCAACUUACGGCUUCGAAGGGUGAUUCAAAUCUGUCGACCAAAGCUGAACAAGAGUCGAGAAUGCCGUGGCGCGGUCCAAAUCAUUGUUUCCAAACUUCAGCUGAAUUGGUAAGCCAGCCAAACAAAAGACUCACAAAGCAUGAUCUUCUUUUGUUAACUAAACAUAUAGUACAACGCAGGUUGUACCCUACUUGUUUUUAUUUCAUUUCUUUGUGCAAAUCUUACAGUUUUGUCUUCCAGGCAUCAUUCCACAAUAUAUUACAACAA